AUGGGGAACAUCAGGACCAGCCCAGUCUCUAUGCCAGCGAAUGGAGAAGACACCAACACCAGCUCUGACCCCUUUCUGAGAAACAACGAUACCCUGAGAGUCCUUUCUGACUACCCCUCAGCAGACGUUAGUGAAAGCCUGGUAGUCUUAUCUGACUACCCCUCAGCAGACGUCAGCAUGCCACUCUUCAGGAUAGGAGAGAGACUGAGACUCCUGGCAGAGGAGGGUUACUGGUGGAGGGCUCGUUCUGUCCAAACAGGAUAUGAGAACUACAUCCCUAAUAACCAUGUGGCCAAGGUCUAUCACGGCUGGUUGUUUGAAGGGGUGGCCCGACCCAAAGCAGAGGAACUGCUUCGUCUGCCCGGAAACAGAGCUGGCUCCUUCAUGAUAAGAGAAAGUCAAAAAGGAGUGUAUACCCUGUCUGUACGGCACAGGGUUAUGGUACACUAUCGUAUUAUCCGCCUUCCCAACAACUGGUACUACAUCUCUCCUGGUCUAACCUUCCAGUGUCUAGAGGACCUCGUCAACCACUACUCUGAUUGUGCAGACGGCCUGUGCUGUAUUCUCACCACCCCCUGUCAGGCUGUAACCAAUGGCAACCUCAACCUGGCCUCCCAGGCACCCCCUGUGGUGAUGCACAGCAACUUCGACUGGAAAGACGUCAACAGCUCGGAGCUGACAGACCAGCCUCAUCGUUACCCCGGCAACAGAGACUCUAUGAUCAGCUUUGGCUUGCGGAACACAGUCUCCUCCUACAUGUCUCUGGGGGACAUGAGGAAGGAGAGGAAGAGCAGCAGCUGGAGGAGGCAGAAGAGGAGGAGCAGUGUGUGUGUACCUCCCGGUAACGGUCACAGACUCAGCACUACAGCACUGGAAGAGGAAGAGGGGGAGUACGCACAAGCCAUCCACCUGAACUCUUAAGACUGGAUAUGGGCUUAAAUGUAUAGAGAGGACAUAUCGUGCUGUAUAGAGAGGACAUAAUUGUGCUGUAUAGAGAGGACAUAAUCCUGCUGUAUAGAGAGGACAUAUUGUGCUGUAUAGAGAGGACAUAUCGUGUUGUAUAGAGAGGACAUAUGCUGCUAUAUAGAAAGGACAUAAUCCUGCUGUAUAGAGAGGACAUAAUCCUGCUGUAUAGAGAAGACAUAAUCCUGCUGUAUAGAGAAGACAUAAUCCUGCUAUAUAGAGAGGACAUAAUCCUGCUGUAUAGAGAAGACAUAAUCCUGCUGUAUAGAGAGGACAUAAUCCUGCUGUAUAGAGAAGACAUAAUCCUGCUGUAUAGAGAAGACAUAAUCCUGCUGUAUAGAGAAGACAUAAUCCUGCUGUAUAGAGAAGACAUAAUCCUGCUGUAUAGAGAAGACAUAAUCCUGCUGUAUAGAGAAGACAUAAUCCUGAUGUAUAGAGAAGACAUAAUCCUGCUGUAUAGAGAAUACAUAAUCCUGCUGUAUAGAGAAGACAUAAUCCUGCUGUAUAGAGAAGACAUAAUCCUGCUGUAUAGAGAGGACAUAGCCUACUGGACUAUGCCGUGAAUGUGGAAGUAAAACUGUGAUGACUGUCACACUGCAUGAUCAGUGACAUUCGUACCAUUAAUCACAAGGGUGUUACUGUUUGACAGCCUAAACUAGUUGUAAACAGCCGGAAUGGUUAAAACUGUUACUGUAACAGUAUUAUUUACACACGAGGGCUUAGUAACACAUCCACAAUAGCCCUAUUUAGUGCACUACUAUAGAGCACUACUUUUGAUAGGGCUCUGGUCAAAAGCAGUACACUAUAUAGGGAAUAGGGCACAAUUUGGGACUCUUAGUGAAGGUCAGUGAGGAUCAGGGGUCACAGGUCAGUUUACCAUGAGCAGCAUCCUGUCGAAGAGACCACGCGAGGAGGGAGAGGUCAGAUGUAGGCUGGCCACGUCGGCUCCGCUCCGCUCUGCCCCCACCGUCACCAGCCUUGGGUCACCUCCGAACGCCUCAAUGUUCUCCUGGACCCACUUCAGAGCGGCUACCUGGUCCUGGAAGCCGGCGUUACCUGGCAGGGCUGUGGAACCUAGAGGCAUUCAGUUCACACUGCUGUUAUUUCAUGUACCGUGUC